CAGCAUUAGCACAGUCGGACGUGACUGAGUGAGACAUUGCUAGCUCUGCGAUCUUAACACUAGUGCAUUGUGUUUGCCAAGAUCUCAACGUUUCCGUCUUUGUCUCCGCCACCACCUCCGCACUAGUAUAUAAAGAACCCCUUUCUCAAGUUUCACCUCUUCCUGCGCCAUUCCUCUCACAUUCCUCAUGGACAAUAUACAACUCAAGACUGAUACCCGAUUCACCUACUCCUAUAGGCUAUACUGCUCUCCAGGAAAGGAGUCAGACCCUCUCCAACUUCUGGUUGCAGUGCAUGGUAACGAACGCGACGCCAAGGGUUUAUUGGAAGGUUACGAGCAAAAUGCCAACCACCUAGCGCCUGGUAACUAUGCUAUGCUUUCCCCACUGUUUCCUGCUGGCAUCCUAGGAGAUGGUUGGGAGCAAGGUUACAAGUUUUUACACGAGAAAGAUAUUCGAUAUGACACUCUUUUAUUUGACAUGAUCCACCAACUCUGUCAUCAUGAUUUACAUCUUCAGCAAGACAUACCAACUUUCCUACUCCACGGUUAUUCUGGAGGCGGUCAGUUUGUACAUCGGCUUUUCUAUUUGCACCCGGAACGGAUAACUGCACUUUUCGUUGGCGCUCCUGGUGCUAUUACAGUGAUCAGCGAUGAGCAUCAUUGGUGGUACGGAACCCGAGGCAUGAAGAAAGCAUUUGAUCUCCACGGCGGCUUGGACCUAAAUGCUAUGAAAAAGGUUCCUGUAAUGAUGUUGGUUGGUGACAAAGAUACAAAUGAUAUGGUCUAUAGCAAAAAAGCCACAGAGAAAUUCCUUGCUACCUCUAGUCAAGAAGCUUUAGACGCCAUCAUGGGCAGAAAUCGUUUAGAACGAAUGCACAUCUUAUAUAACAACUGGAAGCAAGCUGGUCUUAACGUACAGCUACAGGUUAUUCCUGGCCUUGGCCACAAUGGUGCUCGAGUGGUUCCCAAUGCAGCUGCAUUUUUUGCUUCUUUAGCGUAACUUUUCAAACAGCCAUAGCAUAGCAGCAUAUAAACGGGUUGUUCCAUUCUCGAUAGAAAUAUGUAGCUCAUUUUUUGAGAUAUACAGGAAACAUACGAUGUAAUGCAUCUCAAUAAAUACAGUACUUACAGGUUCACUGGUGAUGUUCGAAUA